GAUUCCUCGCGAGACUAAAAAGAAACUACGAUUGAUGCCGAGUUGCCGAGCCGACCCACUAAUGAAUACCCGGUUGUCGACGCUUACGUUUUUCUCCAGGAAUAUGUGAGCAAACUGUACCGGGAAAAUGUCUAUUCAUUACAAGUUUAAAUCGGCGAUCGACUAUGACACGAUUACAUUCGAUGGCCUUCACAUCUCAGUUUCUGACUUGAAAAAGGCAAUUGUCCACCAGAAAAAACUGGGCAAGGCUACAGACUUUGACCUCAUGAUAACAAAUGCGCAGACAAAUGAAGUUUACACAGAUGAAUCUGCAUUGAUUGCCAAAAAUACUUCAUUAAUUGUGGCACGAGUCCCUGUAGCUGGUGCCACCAACAAAAAAUUCUGGGAUAGAGGCGAACCUUCAUUGAUCGGAACAACAUCGUCGUCGAAUUCGUCGUCAUCAAAGGGUGCUCCCCCCGGGACCAGAAAUGAAAAUGAAGUCACAGUUGCCAUGGCGAACAUCAAUGCGGAUUCUGCCGGUUCCGCGCUUGAUAAUCUUGCCCAGGCUACUGACCUGUCUCGAAGUGAGGCUUCCGAAGAGGACAAAAUCAAGGCCAUGAUGACACAAAGUACUCAGGACUACGAUCCAUCUAAAUAUAUGAAAAUUCGUGGUCAAGGUCAAGUAGGACCCGUUCCUGGUAACUAUUGUUGUUUCAAAUGCGGUAUGCCUGGUCAUUGGAUCAAACAAUGCCCCUUGAACUUGACAAUGGACAUUAAGAAGAGUACCGGAAUUCCAAGAAGUUUCAUGGUACCUGUUGAAGGUCCAGAGGUUCCUGGAGCGAUGAUGACUCCAUCGGGGCAUUUUGCUGUCCCUGCAAUUGACCAUGAGGCAUAUCGAGAGAUCAAGAAAGAACGACCGCCUUUUCAGGCUGAAUCGCCGACACCCGAGGUGGUAAAACCUGUCAUUCCAUCUGAAUUACUGUGUUCUCUGUGCAAAGAUCUAUUGUCUGACGCAGUACUUAUUCCCUGCUGUGGAGAUUCCUUCUGUGAUGACUGCAUACGAGCCCUACUUCUCGAUUCAGAGGAGCAGGAAUGUCCUCAGUGCCACACGAAAGCUGUUUCGCCUGACACACUGAUACCAAAUCGGUUUUUACGUACGGCUGUCACCAAUUUUCGAAGCGAAACGGGAUAUACGAAAGCUGCUCCCGUUGUCGCCCCUGCUGCUGUUGUGGAACCUGUUGUUGUUCCUGAAGUCAAAGAAGAUAUUGAGGACGAGAAAGAAGAACCCGAACUGAUUUUAGAGGAUGAAGAAUUCAAGGAAGAAAUUGCAACUUCUCCGGUGGCUGAAGAAGAGUUUAAUGAAGAACCGAGUGAACCACCUCCACCGGGCGGAGAAAGCCUCGAAGAAGUUAGAGUCCCUACGCCUACGGUCGAUGAAAAGCCUCCUGCAACUCCGACUGCUAGUGCUGAGGGUACCCAGGCUGAUGUGGUUAAACAGUCACCUACCGCACCUUCGAAAAGUACCCCACCGGCAGUCAACAAUUUGUCUAUUUUAGCUCAGAAAGCUCCAUUGAUUGCACUUCAACAAGCUUUAUUACAAGGAAAUCCACUCUUGCUUGGCUCGCAGAAUAUACAACAGAUUGCCCUAAUUCAACAAGGGCUGAUGGCGAUGCAGCGUAUUCCUCAUUCUUCACAGUCAGCCCCUUUGUUGCCUACACCCACUCCAAUACAGACUGCUCCGGUUUCGCAGACAAUACCGCCGCAGAAUUCUGUUCCGAUUCAGCCACUCAUGACUGCCCAACCUCCCACUCACAUACCACCUCCGGGAUUCCCUCGAUCCAUGCCACCGCCUAGAUUUCAGGGUCCAUCGAUCCCCCCUCCUGGUGCUAGACCAAUGAUGCCUCCAGGAGGACCAAGAGGACUACCUCCAAUGGGUUACCCAGGUGCUCCGCCGUUUCCUCCUAAUGGCAUGGGAAUGCCUCCAGGCUACGGCAAUCAUGCUUCUAGUGCAGCCAGUCAACUGGCCAGCCACCCGAUUUUACAGCAAGGUGUGAUCGAAGACCCCUUGGCUGCCUUUGAGAAACUCUUGAAGGAGAAAGAAGAACGUGACAGAGCACGAAAAAAGCGAAGAUCAAUUUCGCGGUCAAGGAGUCGCUCUCGGUCUAGAACACGUCGAUCUAAAUCACCUAGGCAGCGGAGUCGAUCGCGCAGUGGAUCUCCUCCCCGAAGACGUUCUCGAUCUCAUUCUCCCAGCCGACGGAGAAGAAGUCCAGCAGUACGUGCUCGCAGAGGUAGAUCGCGAUCGCGGUCUCCAUCGGGUGGGAGAUCUCCUAGUCCUCGGAGCGGACGUCAUGGGUUUUACGAUCGGUCACCGUCACAUGGAUCCCCUGGAAGAUACCCUCGAGAGUAUCGUGAAGAGUUUCCUAAUGCUGCAUCGGCAAAUUAUUACCCACCAUACGGUUAUCCACCUAUGGGUCCACAAGGCCUACCAAUGAGAGGAUACGGCGGUCCUCCAGGUCCAAUGGGCCCGAUCGGCAGAGGUGGCCCCAUGGGUGGUUAUGUACCACGAGGACCACACUUUGGAAUCGGCAUGCCUAGAGGAAUGGGACCACGUGGACCCUACCCUCCUGGAUACAUGGGACCAAGAGGACCGAUGGGAAUCGUAGGUGCUCCUCCUUCUCUGCUCUCACUCGACCUGGGAAGAGGUCGUGGAUAUCGAGAAGAACGACGGACUGACUACGAGCGUGAAUACUACAACCCCGAAGCAGACCGAACUCGCCGUUCACCUCCGCCACCUCCACCUGGAGAAUUUGAAUCAGACGCUCCUCUUAUUUACACUAAACCACGUCGUCCAGAUCAGCCCGAAAAAGGCCCAGAAAAGCCCAGAGAAAGAAUCAAAGAGCGCGAACGUGAAAGAGAUCACGGCCAUAUGAAGGAUGGCCGAGAGCGGGAACGCGAAAGGGAUCGGGAGCGAGGAGAUCGAGACAAGGAAAGAGAACGUGAUCGUGACCGUGAGAGGGAGAGGGAGCGAGAACGGGAACGAGACAGAGAGAGAGAUCGUGAACGGGAAAAAGGCAGAUCUCGACACGAAGUCCGGGAUACUAAAGAUACCAGUCGACGAACGGAAGCCAUUUCGCGAGAACGGGAUCGUGAUCGAGCGGGAUCUCCCAGUUCGGUCAGCAGCAAGUCCAGUACGACUACCAAGGAGAAAUCCAAGGAGAAGGAAAAAGAAAGAGAUCGUGAAAAGGAGAAGAAAAAGGAAAAGAAAGAAAAGGAUGAAGAGGACAAGAAGAAGGACAAGAAACGCAAGAAGAAGAAGGAAAAAGAAAAGGAGAAAGACAAGGAGAAAGAAAAGAAGGACAAGAAAAAAAGCAAACACGACAAAAAGAAGAGCGCCGACAGCGAAGACCGCGAAGCUGAAGCUGUACGAACGCAAAACCAAUUGGACCAGCCAUCAAUUCCUGGCGAUCGUAGCGGAGUGAUGGACGAUUCUGCCACAACAGGAGUCGACAGAGCGAAAUUGGAGCAUGCAAAUCAUCGAGAGAGCGAUGACUUUCGAAUUCCGACAGUUCCAGAGGAAGAAGCCGCCUUAGAAGAUGUUCUUAUCAUAACCACUGACAAAAGCCUCGAAUCACUCGUGGACGACAUCCCACCUACAGAAGAAGAUCCCGACAGUUCUAAAACAGUGAAAAAGGAUAGAAGCAGGGAAAGAGAGAGGGACGAUAAAGUGAAAGAAACCAAAGUUCUGCCACUUCCGCACUCGCGCUGGGAGGAAGAUUCGGAAGAAGAUGAAGGAAUUGACUCCGUGAAGAACGUGACUGACGUUGGCGCUAUUGGUGGAGACUCUGGUCAAGUCAAACGGCCAGAUAAUGCCAUCUUUCGUCGGGCUAUUAGUGCUAUCAAGCCUAAAGUGAUCGAAAUUAAAUUGCGACCCGAACGUCGAGUCUUGCUGGAUUCAGUCCCAGAAAAGAUCGGAGAAAUUGAAAUGGACGACAGCGGAAACGCAAGAGUGUCUCCUGAUUCCUUAUUGAAUCUAAGAGUCGCCGCCGCCGCCGCCCCGGUAGUGGUACCGAAAUUCAAUCCCGCCCUUGUCGAUUUGAAACUCCUUGACGUUGACGAGAAGAAGAAAUCGGUGCGCGACAGGUUGGGUGACAAAAUUGAGCCGGAACAACCACCUGCUAGGAAUCACGACAAGUCGGACGACACCAAGGACACCAAAGUUGAUAAAUCGAAAGAAAAGAAGGACGGUGGUAAAAAGGACAAGGAAAAACGUUCUAGUCCCGCCAAAGACAAGAAGGAUCGCAAAGAAGAUAAACGUGACAAAGACAAACGAAGUCGAGCUAAAGAGAAGGACAAGGAUAAGAAACACAAACGUAAAGAAAAGGAAGAAAAGAAGAGCAAAGAAGACAAAGAAAAGAAGGAUGAAAUGAAGCCUUCCAACACUGACGUUCGCCACGGCGACAAAACGAAAUCGAGCAAAAACGAUGACAAGCAAAUCGACAAAGACAAGGAGAAAUCUGAAAAGAUCAAGAAGCGGAAGCGUUCCUGGUCGAGCAGUACUAGCAGCAGUAGUUCCAGCAGCACUUCAGACUCGGAAAGCAGCUCAUCUGAAUCGGGCGGUGGAGGAGGUGGUAAGCGCAAGAAGAAGAAUCGUAAGAAGCGUCACGUUUCUUCCAGCAGUGAUUCUUCCGACUCGAGUCGCGAGCCCAAGAAGAAGAAGAAAAAGUCCAAAAAGACUUCGUCGAAGCGGAAGCAGAAAAAGACUUCUUCGCAGUGAAUAUACAGCGCGCUCAUCCCUCCUGUAAUACAUUGGACUGUGGAUAGCCUUCAUCUCCCCUGAUUUCUCCUUUAUAAUUUUUCUCUCCAUUAUUUCUUUUUGUUUUAGUUGUGACUUUUUUCCCCUCUUUUUUCAAUUUUCCCAACUGGAAUUUUUGUCGAGUCUUGCUUGCUCUGGGCUGACCUGAUGGUUUCGCCAGAAUCUGGCACAUUGCUGUGUUUUUAUAUUAUAAGGAAAUGCCAGUGGCGAUAGUAAUACACUUUCAAGUACAUA